AUGACAUCCGAAUCACAUCCACUUUGUCCACCAUUUACACUUGAAACUGCAAUUACCAAAGUCCGAUUGGCUGAAGAUGCUUGGAAUUCCCGUGAUCCAUCGCGUGUUGCUCUGGCUUAUACAACAGACAGUCAAUGGCGGAAUCGGGCUGAAUUUAUUACUGGUCGAGAUGAAAUCAUUGCAUUUCUGACACGAAAAUGGAAUCACGAACGAGAAUAUCGUCUGAUUAAAGAAUUAUGGGUACAUGAUAGUAGUUCACGUAUUGCAGUAAGAUUUGCUUACGAAUGGCAUGAUGAUGCAAACAAUCAGUGGUAUCGAUCGUAUGGAAAUGAAAAUUGGGAAUUUGAUUCCGAUGGUUUAAUGAAAAAACGAUAUGCAAGUAUUAAUGAUUUGCCGAUUCAAGAAGCUGAUCGAAAAUUUCGAUGGUCACUGGGUCGACGACCUGAUAAUCAUCCAGGAUUAAGUGAUCUUGGCUUGUAA